AAGAGGGCAGUCCUGCGCCCCAAGGACCAUGGACAUGAUUUCGACGACGAGAUCUAUCGUAUCACUGGCAUCUCACCCUCUGCGCUAUAUCGCACUCGACGACGUCAGCUCCUCACUGGAGAUGUUGCAAAUGCACCUGAACUUUUUCGUGGCUGCCCACGGAAACUCACUCAUAUUGACUGCCAGUAUCUCAUUCAUCUUGCAUGCCACAAACCCACCCUCUUCUUAGAUGAGCACAAUCAGCGUCUCAUUGAUUAUCAACAUCUUCCUGCUUCACUGUCAACUAUUCACCGCACUCUUACACGUGCGGGACUAAACCUCAAGCAUGUACAGAAACUCGCAUCCGAAAGGAAACCGCUUGUCCGUGCAGGAUUCAUCCGUUGUAUCAGCCAAUAA